UCUCUCUCCCCCUCUUCGUCGUCUUCUUCUUCUCUCUCUAUUUUUCAGAGUAAUCGUACGGAAACUGCAAUUUUUCUUCUUUUUCUUUUCUCUGUCUUCAUAACCAGAAACCCUAAUUUUCUGCACCGUAGCUUCCCAGAAAAAGCUGAGUAGUAGAAUAGGAAAAAGCCUGCGAAGAUCGAAAUGCUCAUCAAAAGCGAAUCUGUUGCAUCUCGAUCACUCUUCUUCCCUUGAUUCAAUUUCUCUGCUUCAGAUUCCAACACUUGAUUUUUUUUUUCUUUUCAAUUUUUGUUUGCCGUUGAUUGGAUCUAGUUCGAAUUUUCGAUGAUGCUGCGUGAAUCGGACGGCGAGAUGAGCUUGGAGACGACGAACUCUCCGAUCAGCAGCGGAACAGAGAGCUGCAGCAGUUUCAGCCGCUUAUCCUUCGAAGCUCCGCCGCCGACUUCCGUAGCGACGGAGGAGGAGAGCUGCUUGUCUCUGAAACCUCACCGUUCGUCGGAUUUCGCCUACUCGGAGAUCCGGAGGCGGCGGAAACAUGGCCUGACCUUCCGAGAUUUUCGCCUCGUGCGGCGCAUCGGCGCCGGAGACAUCGGAACUGUUUACCUCUGCCGUCUCGCCGGCGGCGACGAGGAUCACCGAUCGUAUUUCGCGAUGAAGGUUGUGGACAAGGAGGCGUUGGCGAUGAAGAAGAAGAUUCACAGGGCGGAGAUGGAGAAGAAGAUUCUGAAGAUGCUCGAUCAUCCGUUCCUACCGACUCUGUACGCCGAGUUCGAAGCCUCGCAUUUCUCGUGCAUCGUCAUGGAGUAUUGCUCCGGUGGCGAUUUGCACUCCCUCCGCCAUAGACAACCUCACCGGAGAUUCUCCCUGUCCUCUGCAAGAUUUUACGCCGCCGAAGUCCUCGUCGCGCUCGAAUAUCUACACAUGCUGGGUAUAAUCUACAGGGAUCUGAAGCCGGAAAAUAUCCUCGUUCGAUCCGACGGUCACAUUAUGCUCUCUGACUUUGAUCUCUCUCUCUGCUCGGACUCGAUCGCAGCCGUUGAAUCCACGUCAUCAUCGCCGGAAUCUUGCCCCACCGGUCAAACCUCCGUCCCUUCGCCGCGCCGGUUGACCAAACUCUCCCGGCUCUUCCACCGAGUCCUCCGGUCCAAGAAGGUCCAGACCCUCGAACCCAACCGGCUCUUCGUCGCUGAACCGGUCACCGCCCGGUCAGGUUCGUUUGUCGGCACGCACGAGUACGUGGCACCGGAGGUCGCCUCCGGCGGGUCCCACGGCAAUGCCGUUGACUGGUGGGCGUACGGGGUGUUCAUCUACGAGAUGGUGUACGGACGGACUCCGUUCGCGGCUCCGACCAAUGACGUCACACUCCGUAACAUCGUGAAGAAGCCGUUAACUUUCCCGACGGAAUCUCCGGCGACGAUGUUCGAGCUCCACGCUCGUGACUUGAUCUCCGGGCUGCUGAACAAAGACCCGAACAAGCGGAUCGGGUCGCGUCGUGGCUCUGCGGAGGUAAAGGUCCAUCCUUUCUUCAAAGGCUUGAACUUUGCUCUGAUCCGAACGCUGACUCCGCCGGAAAUUCCCUCCGCCGCCGGUGCUGGCGGGAAAAUGAUGAGGAAAACGGCGACGUUUCACGGGGGAGGUGGCGGUGGUAAAACGACAGCGUUUGAUUACUUCUGAGUUCAGCGGUGGCACGUGUUAGUCGCUUGUGCCAGAUUUUGGUGACUGGCGCGUGACGGUAGCUGUUUUAGCUUUAGUUUGUACAUUCAGAAUUUUAAUUUUUUCUCUCUAAAAUCAAAAUUGGGAAUUUUAGCAAAUAUAAUAUCAAGAACCCCGUAAAUAUAAUAGUAAUAUAAUUGAGA